AUGGUCGCAACGCGCGGCUGGUUGCUCUUCCGGCUCAUAGCGAAUGAUGAAGCUGCUGGGCCCGAGCAUACACCGCAGUCGAGUAUUCUGGGACUACUCUCCGUGACCCCGGUCCUCUUGGUGCUGUGCCGUAUCGCAAACGGCAGCAACGUCACUGAACAGGGAAGUGCGGAUGUGAAAAGGGGCGCCGGCGUGCGGCGGGCUUCCCUCCCCCUCCUGCAACUGGUGCCGCCGUAA